UCGGGCUUAUUUCACUGCAACACCUUGCUCCAGCCAAUAGUCCAGUGACGCUCUGCUCAAACGACGAUGGCGGAUGACACAGAGGAUGUGGAGCUGGACUUUGCUGAUGACGAGCAGGAGAGGGCGCGGAGAGGCGCAGUCAUGAGACAUCCCCUGGCCUCCUUCUUCCACCUGUUCUUCCGAGUGGUCGCCAUCAUUGUCUAUGUGCUCUGUGACUGGAUCAGUAAGAACUUUGCAUCAUGUUUUGUGCUGAUCAUCACUCUGCUUUCCUUUGACUUUUGGUCAGUCAAGAAUGUGAGUGGCAGACUGUUGGUGGGACUGCGCUGGUGGAAUCAAAUCGAUGAAGAGGGACGGAGCCUCUGGGUGUUUGAGGCCAAAAAAACUCCCAGCGGCAACACUGGGACAGAGGCAGAGGAGAGGAUAUUUUGGCUGGGUUUAAUCGUCUGUCCUCUCAUUUGGACAUUCUUCUUCUUCACCUCCCUCUUCGACUUGAAGAUUAAAUGGCUGUGUCUUGUUGUGGCCAGCAUUUCCCUCCAAGUGGCGAACCUCUAUGGAUAUCUACGCUGCAAAUCAGCGGGACAAGAUGGCCGGCCUCCAGCCUCCCACUCUUUCCCAGGACAGCACCUCCUGCAGCGUCCGGACAUCAUCUUUGGAAUCCUAUGAUGACUGCCGCUGCUAUCACAGCCUGUGUGUGUGUGUGUGUGUGUGUGUGUGACAGACUGCAUCUACUUGAAUGGCCAUGUGCCUUUGUCUCCUGCUGCUGACUGACUGCUCACAUGUUGUCCAUGAUUCAGUCCAUGUCUGUUGUGUCAAUAAAAGAGAAGUGCAUUUUA